AUGAGAUUGACAAACAUCAUUGAUACGGUAAGUUUAUCAGUUUUUAGUGUGCAUUAUCGCGGUAGUGUUCCGAUUUUGAGCGCCAGAUCAUCUUUUUCAAAUUUUUUCUCUGUUACAGUAGGAAUACUAUCUCUCUCCGUUCUAUUGUAUUCAUGUGUGAACGAUGCUCUCGGCGUGUAAUUGCUCCGGCAGACACGCCUGUAUCUCACUUGGUUCCCCUGCACGCGUCUUGGCCACACGCGUGUGAGGCUCACGAAUAAAGACUUCAUGACAGUCUGCCUUCAACACGUCUAAAGCUUACACGGAAGAGCCGGUGACCCUUCCGGUGUAACAUGGAGGUCCCGAGCGAAGAAUAAGCCUCUGUGGCUUCACCAUUUCUAUCUAUUCUGCCCAGCCGCUUUUUCGUGGUGAAAUUCCACGACGAACUCGCUUUUUUUCUACUCUUCAGCAGUUAUUCUUAUUUUGUUCGGUUCAACCUUGGCAAUGACCCACUGAUUUUUCGCCUGCGAAGCUCUACGAAGCCAGAAGCCGCAACCCGAGCCGGUCCCAGACAGCGACGACUUCAUCGACAUUUUGUACAAGUAUAUUGAUCAUUGAGCAUUAUUUGAUUCAUUUUGUUUACGCGAUUUAACGGAUGGGAAGGAGGGAUGAGAUUCAGUGUUAUCGCGAGGCCUAGGGAGCCCUUAUAUGUCGAUUCUGACCGUAUAUUAUAGUUCAAUUGUUGGUUUUUUUCCGCUGUCUGGCUCGUUUUUUACUGUCGUUCUGCCCACCGAUGUAGUUUACUUAAAAUAGAAUUCCUCGAUUUACAUGUAUUACCACUACUUUGACCGGAUGCGCAUGGUGCCUUGUUCUUUUUUUACCGGGCCACUAGAUUAAAUUCAUGCGACUAAAUCGUUGUGUAAUUCUAUCUGUUGAUGAGUAGACCGUGUUGUUGUGUUUGACUUCAUUGCAGCCAAUUUUUCGUUCAUAUAUCUAUCGUAACUCUACCAAUUAUCGUAAUUUUCUUUCGGAUCACCCGUUUUUCGUAUCGACUUUCUUAAUUUGUGAGACUCUUCCCAAAGAUCAGUCCUACCUAGUUCAAUUGUCUAACAAUACAAGCUCCGGGACGAAGCUUUUUAGGGAAAGGGGAUGUUACAGUAGGAAUACUAUCUCUCUCCGUUCUAUUGUAUUCAUGUGUGAACGAUGCUCUCGGCGUGUAAUUGCUCCGGCAGACACGCCUGUAUCUCACUUGGUUCCCCUGCACGCGUCUUGGCCACACGCGUGUGAGGCUCACGAAUAAAGACUUCAUGACAGUCUGCCUUCAACACGUCUAAAGCUUACACGGAAGAGCCGGUGACCCUUCCGGUGUAACAUCUCAACCAAUUCUGAAAAGUGAAUUUUGAUGCCGUGUUCAAAGUAAUUUCCGCGAAAUGCAAAAUACCCGUUAGAGAAAGGAAAAGAUCACUAAAUUUUGGAGAGUCAGAGAUCACUUUGCAUUUCGCGGAAAUUACUUUGAACACGGCAUGAGAGAAUUGUUGAGUGAGUACAGGAAAACUUUUUCGCUCCAGAAAAAAAUUAGAGUUUUUCUUUUCUCAAAAUUCUACGCCAUAGAAAAUCCACUAGAAAUUUUUUGCCCUAGGGCUUAAUUUUGAAACUUCUGUUUUAUGAUUUUUAAUGGUUUUUGAAGGCGAGAGUCUAAUAAUAUGUUAAUAAUAAUUCAAAGCGACACUGGAGAGAUGAUGGAGUUAGAUAUGAUUUUUUGCUUCCUUUCUUCGCGAUGUUCUUGAUUCGGAUUUUUUUUCGCGAUUUUUGAGAAAAAAACGAUUUUCAAUGUUGAAUUUAUAGGCGGAAACAAGAAUGGAUGACGAAACGGACAUGGAUCUUAUGAACGACAAGUUCGCCGAUCAAGAAAUCGACGACGCUCCGUUGUCUUAUGCGGCUUCCGAUUGUAAUUAUCACCGAAAAUGAUUUCAAAAACGCCAAAAUGAUUCAGUUGACGAAGAAGAGUGCAGGAGCCGGCCGGACACGGAUUUCUACCAAUCUCCGCAUUCUUGUCAAAUGAAGUGAAAAUUUCGAUUUUAUUAUUCAAAAUAAUAAUAUUUCUUUGCAGACCGACGCUCACGCCGAUUUGUGAAGAGCAUACGGACGACUUGCACUCCGUGAUAAGUAGGAAAAACUUUAGAAUUUAAAGAAUAAAAGUGGAUUUUGAGGUUCCCGAAGCUUUUCGAAGAAAAAGGAGGAUUUCGCGAGGUUGCAGAAUAAAAAUAUCAGUUCUGGCCGUGUCAAGGAAACAGAUCCUCAUGAUUCGGCCGACUUUAACAACAGCGGUAUUUUCAAAAUAUUUUUGAAAAGUGCAGAAAAUUGGAAGAAUCUUGGCUGAAAGGCAUUUUAGAACACCCUGAUCCCGAAUCAAUUGAAAAAUCUCGCUUUUAAUAGCAUAGAACUCAGAGUAAAAAAAAAUGGGGAUCAGUGAUUUUGAAGCGUCAUAACUCUACUAAAUGACGAAAAGGGCAAUUUUUUCGAUUUAUUUGAAAUCAGGUCGUUUUUCAGCAAUUUCUCAUCAAUUUUUAAUUAUUUUUUCCACGUCUCAAAGUUUAGGGGAGCCUGGAAACCCUUCAUUUUUUCGAUUUACAGUUAUUUUUUUGGUUUUUUUCGCGCUUGAAAAAAUCUAACAAGAUUUAAAAGCGAUUUUAUCAAUAAUAAAUGGGUCAUUUGAUAUUUUCUGUAUUCAGAAGACCUCGUGAACAGAAUGAAUGCCGCUGAAAAUUCAUUUUUCGGAAGGGGAGCCGACGUCAUCUUCAUCGAGGACGAUCCUAGGUUGGUUUUCAAAUUUAACACUUUCUUUCAGAACUGAUUUUUCUCAGUAGUAAUGCUAGCAAUGAAUUUUUUUCACGUUGAUUUGACGAAAAACAUAUUUUUUUACACUUUUUUUCAAUAGCUUUUUCCCAUUUAAAAAAAUAGAGAAAUUUUUUUAAUUAUUCGCUUCUUUAAUUGUGAAAGGGAAAAAUUUUUUUGAGAAGCUUCGUUCUAUUAAAAAAAUUGAGGAAUCGAAGAAAUUCGAUCGGAAAGGACAUUUUACUCAAGUUUCCAUAUUUGUUUUUUUAUUUUGAAGAAGCUUAAGAAAGGGUUUUCGAAUUUUUUUCAUAUAAAAAAACUUUUUUGCAAAAAUUAAGAAAUUAUAGAGAAAAUCCUUAAUGUGCACAAAUUUUUGAAUUUGUUUAUUGUGAAUUGAAAAAAAGUUUUUCGAAGGCGUUUUUAUUUAAUUUUCCUAGUUCAAGUACUCAGCUUCUAUAGUUUUUUUUUCCUUUUUUUUUGCCGGUAAAAAAAAGUUUUCAAAAGCAAUUUUCUUGUUUUUUUCAGGUUCAACAGAUCGCACCAUUCGAGGGAGAACAGCUGGGAGCCGAGUCGACCCGACUACAAACUGUACCAUCCGCAGAAGACCCCUCCUCCGGUCAACGAGAUGCGAAGUCCAAUGGUCGACGCUCAAUGGAAAACCAAAGAACCCUUGAAAGUCUUCGCCGAGUCUCAAAGUGUCAAUAAACCGCCAAUUGUAACAUUUCUCUUCCUUUAUUCGAGCCAUUUUCCGGAUGUUCCAGGAAAAUCGCCAGCUUGAAUCGAAAACUGAGACGAAACGACCAGUUCCAGUCCAGGUUGUUCGAUAUCUCAGAAGAGACUUUUGAAAUUCAUAUAUUUCUAGGAGGCCAAAGAAAAGGAGGAAAACGAUUUCCGGGCGGCGGAGCCCGUGGAAAGUUCUCCACACUGCCCGAGCGAAUAUUCCAUGGCCAUGGAAUACAAAACGAGUACUCCCAAAAAGGGGUUUGUUGCACAGAAGAAAAAGCGUAAAAAUUAGUCAAAAAAAUUUUUAUAUCGAGAAGAUGUUGAAAGGUGAAAAAAACGAAAUGUAUAUAAAAAAAGGUAUUAGGACUUUUUUUAUCAACAAGAUGAGGGGAGAGAAAAAAUUUUUUCGUAAGGUUAAAAUGUCUAGGUAUUUGUUAAUUGAAAGAGAUGUUUUUAUUAAAAACAAAUUUUUUUUCAAGUAAGGCUAAAUUUUCAUAACUCGCUAUAAAAUCAUUUAUCAUUGAUACAGAGCUAUAUAGUAGUUUUUUUUCCGGAAAUUAAUUUUUUUCAAAUAUAUUAGCAUGGAAAUUCUUGCUUUAUUUUUUUGAUCUUCUCAUGAAAAAUAAAAACUUAUUGAUUUGAAUUGUAAUGAAAGUGUUGCCUUGCAGAAUAAUGCAAUAAAAUAUUUAAUUUUUAUUAUUUUUUUCUCAAAAAUCUAAGAAAGUCUUCAAAGUUACAUUAAAGUGACCACAAAAACAAAAAAAUUUCAUUUUUGAACGGUAUUAUGAGAGUUUUUCUGUUUCAUUUUUUUUCCUAUAUUUUUAAAAAAAUUAUAUUCACAACAAUAAUUCGUCUUUUUGUUAGUAAAAUCCAAAAAUAGCAACUUCUUUCGUUUUCCGUAAAGCUGUUUUUGGGCGUUUUUGUAAAUCUUGAUGCCCUCUGUGGGAAUAUUUUUUCCAUUUUCUUUCCUCACAAAUAACUUUGCUAUGAUUAACUUUGCUCUGAUGAUUUUGAUCCGUGCAAUAUCUUGCGUGCAUCUUUGUCCUUUUCGAAUCGUUAAAAGGAAGAUUUUCAGCGGAAGGAGGCGGUCGUCUUCGUCCGAAAUUCGCCGAUGUCUCUUCCAUUUAUGCGCAUAGCCCAAACCGAAUGAAUCCCAGUUUUUUAUACCGAUUUUAUACCAAAAAAUCCAAACAAUUACAGCCUCUAAUGUACAGGAUGAAACCAUCCGGUCGAAUGUUACGGUUGAUUGCGAACUCAUCAAAGACAUUUUGGAGGUUUUGCCUCGGAAUAACUGAUUUUUGAUGACUUCGUUCCCAGAAAAAACCGGAAAAUCUGAUGGAAUCGCUGGAAUUUGCCCGCAAACAGCACAGAGACCGACCGAAGCCCGAUUUCCGCUUCCAAACCAACGUUUCCAGGGGCGCCUUGAGGGUUCCAGCAACCCGACAAAUCGCCCAGGAAACUUUGAGAAGGCCCAAUGAGAUGGUAAGAGCAAUAGAAAAUGUAAUGGUCAAAAAAAAACAGAGAAGUAAAAAGUUCUCUAAGGUCAAUUUUCCGUUACUUUUAUGUAAAGUUCUUGGGGAAAAGUCAAAAAAAAGAACUUUCCCUAAAAGAAGUUUUCAGAAAUUUCCCCAAAAAUCAAAGAAACUAGAAAAUGUUCGAGUUGAAGUUGUAAAAAUGAUUUUCAAGCCGUCGCAACCUGGUCCUCGUUUGCCGGUUGAGGAAGUCCAAACACGCUGGCCGACCGAAAAUAGCCAGUUUCUGAAAACUCGGGAGCCGUCGCCACCGAUUUCCCAUCGACAGUUCGAAGAAGAAAGAGCUUCUUCGGGAUCGCGACAACGGGCGGACUCCCUGACGGGUUCGGAGAGGUCGGCGGCCCCUUCGCGCACGUCUUCUGUUUCCGUAGAUACCGUACUUCAUCGACCCUCGAAUGCUGCGGAUACGGUAGGUAGAUAGGGGGAAAUAGAGGAAAUCCGCAUUUUUUGAAAAGUAUCUUUUGAUUUUUGAACACAAUUGAGCAAUCGAGCUUCUAAAAUGGAAUUUUUUUUAAGCUUCUGGGCUUCACCCACCUUCUAAUGCUGGAAAGACAGUGUGUAAAUAUAGGAAACCUGACAAAAUUAAACAAUUUAUGAGCAUAAAUGAACAAAAGAUUUUUUUGGAAAAAUCGAAACUUCCCUUUUUUAAGCACCUCCAUCGACUUCUUAACUUUGGGUAGAUGGUGUGAGGAUAGAAGAAAAAUAAACGAAAUUGAAUUUUUGGUGGCGCCUGAUAAUUUUUGGGCGUAAUCGAGCAAUAUGGUUCUUAUAACCUGAAAUUCGUAUUUUGCGCUUCUGUGCUUCAUCCACCUUCUAAAUGACGUAGAAAAAAUUCCGGUAACAUUUACUGAUUUUUCGUUUUCAAAUGAGAAUUCAUUUAAAUAUUCCGCUGAUUUGAUACUUUUUAAUAUAAGUCUUUUUUUCCAUUCAUUAUUUUUGUCGAUCAUUUAGUUUCGGCUCUGUAGUUAUAGUUGAAAAACGGCAAGUAAACGAGCUUUUUUAAACCUAGGAGUAAUGAACUUUUGCUCUGAAAUAACCGUUUUCCUAAACGGAAGUUUCCCCUCAUUUUCAUGAUCCGAACUUUUUUCAGCGAAGCAGUUCGAGAAUUUCGACGGCCUCUUCAACUUCAUCUUCCAGCAUCGCCCCGAUGGCUGUUAGACCUUCUAGGUUGAAAAUCUCGGCCUGACUUUGGACUUUGUCCCUUUUCAAGGUCAAAACACCCAUUGACGAUGUCGUCGAGGCGCCUGGGAUUCGGGUACGUGGCGGUCGGAGAUUCCCUCUCGAUGGAUCUCGACUUGACGAAUGUCUGCGAGAGGGCCGUCCAGGUCCGCGCGACUCUCGACAGCAACAGCAAGGCUUUCGAGGUAGGAAAUAGAGGCUCGAAAUUAGAGAAGAUUCGGAAAAAGGGUGAAAAUACAGAAAGAGUGAGAAACCGAAAAUGAGAAAGAUGAUUGAAUUUUGAGACGAAAAAGUUCAGAAUUCAUCUAAUAGACAACGAAAUUUCAAUUUAGAAACUCGAGAGAAGAAAAAUUGAACAUUGACGGUUUUGGCUUGAAAUCGAGUGACACUCGAAAAAGUACCAAAAAGGGUUAAAAAUAGAUUUAAUUUGAAAAAAAAUUGAGGAAAAUGUCCAAUAGCAUCGUUUUUUUACUCUCACUUUACGCGAAAAAUGUUAACCUUUAGAAUGGAAACUUCAAAAUCAAUUUAGUACCUUCAAAAGAGUAGUUUCCAAUUAUUUAUUGUUAUAAAAAGUAUCCCCUAACCCUCAAAAAAUGUGUUCCCCACUAAGUCCUACAAAAAAAGCGUCCAAUGAGUUUUUUUCUCGGUCAGAGUUUCACAUUGUUAUAUUCUAACGAGAGAAGAAGCUUCUGAUUCUAAAAAAAAAGAAUUAAAAAUUGUUUGAAGAGUAGUUUUUUAGGUCGUGGAUAACCGAAUAAUGCACCUCGCGCCCGGCCAAUCGAGUAAAGUCCGUAUUCUUUUCAAACCGAUGGCCGCCGGUCGUUAUCAGCUCAUGCUGGAGAUCUCCACCAUGAACCUGGGCGUUAAUUAUCAGGUAAAAAUAGGGAGAAUUUGCGCUUUAAGCCUCAAAAAUCCUUAAGAGACACUUCAGAAACUGUUGCAAAAAAAGUGUUUUCUAGGUUCCAUGCUGGGGCUGCGGCGGCGUGGCAGAUAUCCAGCCAGAAAUCACGCCCUAUUUAUUCGCGACUCGAACAAAAGAUUUCGUCCUGAAAACAUCCAACUUUUCCAGCGUCACUUUCUCCCUCCGGAACAAUGGAAUGCGGUUGAAUGGAAUCCCUGGAUCAUUUUGUAUUGUCACUGGUUCAGAGACGGGUUUGUACGGCUCAACGUGAUCUCGUCGGACCAGAACCCCAUAGAAUGCAAAGUUUCGCCUCGUCUUGGCGUCGUUUUGCCAAGAAAGGCGAGAAAGGUGAGACAAAAAACUGUUUUGAACUGUUUAUUGCAUUUUCAAUGUAACAAUACGUGUGCAAUCGACUUUCAUUGAUUUCAACUGUGUUUAAACGGCGGCAGGAGCUGUGGCUUAGGCAGAGAAGUUGUGAAUUUCGCUCGUAGAACAUCAGGUACAAGAAAGGUCGUAGGAAGAGUUACGGUGCCGGCUUUCCAAAGGCCGAUGGCAGAGAUUGAGCCUUUUUAUCUACUCCGGAGGGAUGAAAGGCUUGCUCGACCUCGGGAGGACUCGAACCUACGAACUCGCGGACGUUAGAAAUGAGUCUUUACCAGCUGACCUAUGCCGCCCCCGAGAAAAGCUGACUUCUUUCAUAAAUUGAACGUAGAAUCAAAAUUAUUGACGGUUUUCGAAUCAAAAUUAUUGACGGAAAGACGAUCGGCUAUACCUUGACUUUCUCUUUCAGGUCUUCGAGGUCCAGUUUUUGGAUACGAAUUUUGGCGGGAACAGCCGAUCCUCGUCCUCGAUGUCGACGUCUUCGUCGACGACGUCGCGGAGAAGUUUGGAUGCUGAUGCGGUCAUUGAAAUCCACUGGGGAGAAGAAAUUCAGCGACAGCGUUUGAAAAUGUUCGUUCAAGAAGUUUUCCAGAGAAAAAUUCGAUAGUUUCGAAAAAUAAGGAUAGCUCAAGGGUUUUUUUAGUUUUAAUCAAUAUUUAAAAAAACUUAAAAAAAUUAAAAACAAAACCUAAAAAAACGAUAUUUUUUUGAAUGACUUUCAUUUUCCGCUCAAAACCCUUUUUACAUCCUAUUGUGGUUUCAGCGAUUUCAUAAUUGAGCUGUAAAAGACUGUCGAUUGUUCGAAUCUAUGAAGAGAUAGAAAAAUGUUUUCAGAUUGGAAAAAGAAAAAAGAGAACGGAUUCUCAUCGACGGGUUGUCCUUCACGGACUUUGACUUCGAAGAAGAGGUCCCGCUGCGAAGGACGCAGGACCUGCCCAAGAUUCUCGAAGAUGACCGGACUAUUUUCGAGGCUACCUGCAGGGUCACCAGGAUUUUGGUGAGAAUUAUUCGGAAUCUUGCGAAAAACACUUUUUUGAACAUUUUUGUGCGGAGGCGAGAGCUAAUGAGACGGGGCGUCCCGACCGGCGAAACUGUCACAUUUGCGCCCCGGGUUGACCCGAAGGCCACAUUGUCAAAACUCCUUUUUUUAAGUUUUGAUAUAUAAAACUAAAAAACUCAAUAUGUAGCUCCUAGAAUCUCAAUUUUAUAUGCUCACAAUAAUCAAAAAAGAUGAAAAGAAAAAUUUUGUUUUUGAGAUUAAAUUUCCUCCAGCAAUAGAUGAUCUCACAGUAGUUAACUUGUCGGUUCUUAUUUUUUUCAAAAAAAAAAAUAUUUUUAGAAAAAUUUCUUAGGAAAAAAAUUCCUUUGGGACAACACUAAAAAAAUUUUUUUGAAAUAUGACGAUUUUACAGGUUCAAUCGUCGAGAAGCUCGCGGAAAUUUGCCCACGAUUCGAUGAGCGGCAGCGAUUUGGACAAUACGGUCGUGGAACGGACCGCCUACCGCGAUAAUACCUAUUUCUUGGACAUUGAUGUGACAAGAGUCCCUUAUUAG